AUGAGUGCAGAGACCCUGGGCUACUAUGAUCUAAAUGCACCGACAAAGGUCAUAGCGGAUGCCAGUCCAGUUGGCUUAGGAGCAGUGCUGGUGCAGGUGCAUGCUGAUGGCCCGAGGAUAGUAGCAUAUGCCAGCCGCUCGUUAAGUAACGUUGAAAGGAGAUACUCUCAGACGGAGAAAGAAGCCCUUGGACUUGUGUGGGCUUGUGAGAGAUUCCAUGCGUACCUGUAUGGAAUAGAGUUUGAUCUAGUGACUGAUCACAAACCGCUUGAAGUCAUUUAUUCACCGAGAUCUAAGCCAUGUGCGAGAAUAGAGCGGUGGGUUCUGAGGCUUCAACAGUACAAGUACAGGGUAGUCCACAUCGCAGGAAAGUCCAACAUAGCAGAUCCAUUGUCAAGAUUGCUGAAGGAUGAUCACCCGAGAGAAACUUCUGUGUUGGAAACAGAAGCAGAGAGCUUUGUGCGUUUUGUGGCAGUCCAGUCAACGCCAGGUGCGGUGACAACGAAGGAAGUCGAAAGAGAAUCUGAACAUGAUCCUGAACUCGAAGUUAUCAGAGAGUGUAUUCACAGUGGACAAUGGGAUGAUUGUCCAUACAAAGCAUACAUUCCCAUCAAGGAUGAACUCUGUAUAAUUGGUCAGUGUGUGCUGAGAGGUAGCAGAUUGGUGAUUCCACAGGCACAGAGGCCAAAGAUGGUGUCAUUAGCUCACGAAGGACACCUGGGCAUUGUUGGCACCAAACAGAAUUUGAGAACCAAGGUAUGGUGGCCAGGAUGUGAGAAAGAUGCAGAGAAAUUCGUCAAGACUUGUCAUGGUUGCCAAAUCACAAGCAGGGGUAAUCCACCAGAACCAAUUCGAAGUACUAUGUUGCCAACAGGACCUUGGGUGGAUGUAGCUGUUGAUUUCCUAGGACCACUUCCGACAGGAGAAUCUAUACUUGUGGUAGUUGAUUAUUAUAGCAGAUACUACGAGUAUGCAAUCAUGAAAUCAACCACUGCAGAGAAGACAGUCAAAGCCCUGGCUGAAAUCUUUGGCAGACAUGGGUUACCUGUGACGUUAUACUCAGACAAUGGACCCCAGUUCAUCUCAGAAGUUUUCGCAGAGUACAUGAACAUUACAGGAAUUCACCACCAUCGGGUGACUCCUAAAUGGCCCCAAGCCAACGGCGAGGUCGAAAGACAGAACCAGAGUAUAGUGAAAAGGCUUCGAAUUGCACAGGCAGAAGGCAAGGAUUGGAAGGAGGCCUUGCUGACUUACGUCGCAGUCUACCGGGCUAGUACUCAUUCGACAGCGGGAAAAAGCCCGGCAGAAGUGUUGUUCGGGAGAAAGAUCCGAACUAAACUACCACAAAUCCAGGACAUUAGUGAGGAUCAGGAACUCAGAGACAGGGACCUCCAAAUGAAAAGUGGUGCAAAACACUAUGCAGAUCUGAAGAGGGGAGCCGUACAUUCUGACAUAGUGCCAGGAGAUAAGGUGAUAGUAAGACGUGAUGAAAGGAGGAAACUAGACACGCCAUACUUUAGCCAGCCAUACACAGUGACAGCAAGAACAGGAAGUAUGGUAACUGUGAAAUCACCUGACGGAGUCCUGUAUAAUAGGAAUGUAUCAAGUGUAAAAAGAUACAUGUCCCGAGACACUCAUAACGAAGCUGCCAAUCCAGAGAGGACAGACGGCAAUCCUGAGGCGGUGACCGGUAUUCCUGAAGGGUCGGACGGUAAUCCUGAGGCGGAGACCAGUACUCCUGAGGCGGUGACCAGAGAUCCAGACUCAGAGGCAGCGAGCAACACAUCAGGCGGUGACCAGAGACAUCAAGAUGGUGAUACCCAAGCAGAGACAACAAACACCAACGUUCCUAUGGCAGCUAGUAGACCACAACGCCAGAGAAGAUUCCCUAAGCGAUAUGAUGAUUUUGUGUGA